CUUCAUCCAAACAAACAUGAGCAAAUUACCGUCAACUUAAAAUCCAAUCCAAGCACUUGCAAACAAAUCAGUUCAACACUUUGUUCUGAUUCUAGUCUCAUAAACUUCAAACUGUCGAAGAUCAGGAGAGAAUAAGCAACUAGAGGAAACACAAAUCAACUACAAAACCCAGUUAACAAUUCGCUACAAACAACAUCAAGCAACAAAACUCCAUUCUUAUAGUUGCAAGGAAAGUUUGAUUACACCAAAAAAGCAUGGAGGAAGAAAAUAAUGAUAUAAACAAUGGAAUAGUUGAUACAGGGAAGGCUGACAGAUCGGUGUGGUUGAUGAAAUGCCCACUUGUUAUAUCAAAGUCGUGGCAAGCACGCGCUUCUGCUUCUUCUUCUUCUGACUCGCAACCUGUUGCCAAAGUUGUUCUUUCUCUUGAUCCUCUUCGUCCCGAUGAUUCCUCUGCUGUUGAGUUUACUAUGGAGAUGAAUGGCCCCGAGAUGGGUCCAAAGAGUUACUCGCUAAACAUGUUCAAGGACUUUGUUCCCAUGUGUAUUUUCUCAGAGAAUCAAGGCAAAGUAUCAGUAGAAGGUAAAGUUGAGCAUAAAUUUGACAUGAAGCCCCAUAAUGAGAAUUUCGAGGAGUAUGGAAGAUUGUGUCGUGAAAGGACAAAUAAAUCCAUGAUUAAGAACAGACAGAUUCAGGUGAUUGAUAAUGAUCGUGGUGUGCACAUGCGGCCUAUGCCGGGAUUGGUAGGACUUGGUGCUAAUGCUAAGGAUAAGAAGAAGACAGCACCUGUUAAGCCAGUAGAGAUGAAGAGAACCAGAAGGGACCGUGGAGAGUUGGAGGACAUUAUGUUUAAGUUAUUCGAAAAGAAACCUAACUGGGCAUUGAAGCAAUUGGUCCAAGAGACGGAUCAACCUGCUCAAUUCUUGAAGGAAAUACUGAAUGAGCUGUGCGUAUACAACAAAAGAGGAACAAAUCAAGGUACUUACGAGCUUAAGCCUGAAUACAAGAAGGCAGUGGAUAAUAAUGGAGGCGAAUAAGUUAACCUUCUUUUGCUGUGACAUUUUUGUAUCAUCUUCAUGGAGCUCACUGCCUCACACUCGCAGCAGAAAUUUCCCGAGCAAUGCUUCUACUUCAAGGCAAUGGAAUUGCAUUGAACUGUAUCGCGGUAUUGGAUUCUAACAGUCCACACCAUAGAUUUCGUAGAUGAAUAGUUGUGUUAUGCACUUACAUAAGAAGCUUAUACUUAUCUCUUGUGAUCAUAAUGCUUGUAUGUAUAUGUGACCUUUCUAUUGCACUCUUACGCUCUUGGCCUGACCCUUUUCCGUCAGUGAAUUAUAUUUAAGCUUUAAAAUUACUUCA